AUGAAGGUGUGGAAAGCUGAAGAGGUUGUUUAUCGUGAAACUAAUGAUACUAGUAUAAGAGCUUUGCGGUCGAGGCAAAUGAAGAACUUUCAUUUGGCAUUAAUGGUAUCUCAGGGAACACCAAUGAUGUUAAUGGGGGAUGAAUAUGGCCAUACUCGCAAUGGAAAUAACAAUAGUUAUGGGCAUGAUUCUGCCAUUAAUUUUUUCCUGUGGGAUGAGUUGGAUGCAAGGAAGCGUGAUCACUUCAGGUUUUUCUCCAAUGUAAUAAAAUACCGGCAUGAACAUAAAAUAUUCAGGCAUGAGAAUUUUCUCAGUGAGAAGGAAAUAACAUGGCAUGAAGACAAUUGGGACAAUUAUGAAAGCAAAUUUCUCGCAUUUACGCUUCAUGACAAAAGUGGGGGAGAUGUCUAUUUAGCUUUUAAUGCUCAUGACUACUUUUUGAAAGUUCUGCUGCCCUCACCCCCAACAAAGAGAAGGUGGUUUCGCGUGGUGGACACUAAUCUUGAAUCUCCCGAUGACUUGGUCCUAGAUGGUGUUCCCGGCAUAGGAAAAACGUACAGUAUAGCUCCAUUCUCCUCCAUUCUUCUGGAGGCAAAGUUUUGA